AUGGCUAGGUAUGGUAACGAAACAGUCGACAACUAUAUUUACUCCUCUUACAACCCUUAUUCCUACAAAUAUCCCAAAUUCAAGAGCUGGAGACAGAAAGCUUACUUUGCCAAUUACGGGGAGGGUGAGACCUACUUCGACAACCACGACAGGGCCCAGCUGAAGUCCAUCCUGUCUCGGAUCAACCCGAACCUCACCCCGCGUCUGAGAAAAGCCAACACUAAAGACAUCAGCGUGCAAGUCAACCCGAAGACCGACGCGUCCGUCCAGUGCUCUCUGGGUCCGCGCACUCUUUUGGCCCGGAAACGCGAGGCUCUGCAGAGGCGGCAGGAGGUCCAGACACCCGGGAGCCCCGUCAGCGGAGGCGUCCGGUUCCCGCGCACUCAAGCCGUAUAUUCUCCUGUCGCGUCCAGAAGACUAGUGUCUCUCAUUAAGGACGACGACGAGGAGGAUGCGGAGCCUGAGGACUCGGCAAAGGUGGACUGCGCUGAUAAGGGUGAAAGUCCUGACGUGACCAAAGAGAAGUCCAAGAAAACGCUUAGUCCCGAGACCAGUGAAAAUACAAAACAGACCGAAACGAAUGAGGAAAACCGAUGUGAGCCUGUAAAAACCGGACAAGACGAACCAAAAUUCAAGGCUCGAGUAAGAUUUCAGUUUUUGGAGCAGAAGUAUGGCUACUAUCACUGCAAAGACUGCAACCUGCGCUGGGAAAGUGCCUAUGUGUGGUGCGUCCAAGGCACAAACAAGGUGUAUUUCAAGCAAUUUUGCAGAACAUGUCAGAAGUCAUUUAAUCCAUACCGUGUUGAGGACAUAACCUGUCAGACUUGCAAGAAGACCCGCUGCACGUGUUCUGUAACAUCACGUCAUGUGGACCCAAAAAGACCUCACCGGCAGGAUCUCUGUGGCCGCUGCAAGGGCAAGCGGCUCUCCUGUGACAGCACAUUCAGCUUCAAAUACAUCAUCUAG